AUGUCCUGGCCUAACACCAUUGAACAGGCCACUGCAAAAAACCUCACCACCACUCAGAUCGAUCUGACCACCAUCGAAGACGACAAUCUACCUGCUGAUAAUCCCUACUUUUUACCUCCUUCUCCUACUCUUCCUCCUUCUCCUAAAAGGGGUGUAAAAUCGAACCCUUCUCAACUGUCUAAUGAUGUCUCUCAUACCGGUCGAUUACACACUCAGUCAGAGAAAUUCCUAGGUACCAAGAAGAAGGCAAAUCGUCCCUGUCCCUUCUGUGGAUCAAGAGCACAUGGAGCUAAGAAGUGUAAGACAGGUAGUGAGAUACAGGAGAGGGAUAAUGAUCGUUAUAAUCGAGAAAUGGCUGCUUGGAAGGCUGGAGAAACGACCUGGACAGAGGGAUCAGUAAUGGGAACUAAUUCUGCUCUUGAGAAGAAGAUCGCGAGUCUUCGGGAGACGGUUCUGGGCCUGGCUAAGAGUAUCCAGGAGGACAGAGAUAAAAGGGAGAAGGAAAAUCAGCCUGUAGUGGUGAGGACAGAGGACAGGAUGGUGAGGACAGGAGAAAUGAUCACUAGGACAGGUUAUUUGAAGACACCAGGAAAUGGCCAAUAUCAACCGAAUGUACCCCCAUUUUUCAACAUUUAUCCUCCUGAGAAGAGGUACCUACCACCCCCCUCUUCCACCUACUCUCCCUCCUCUAUCCUCUCAAUAUUGGCCUCCCUAUCCCUCCCAGGGCUCUUCUAG